AUUUUACAUAUAAGGAAACAGUUGAUAACUUAUGUGGUCACUGAUCAUGGCUAUGUAAGUUGGAAUUUUCCCUGAUCACAUUUAACAUAAUCAAGCUUUUUUCGCCUGCCAACAUCUGACUAUUGGUGUAACAAAAUGGAAUUAAAAGUAUGGGUUGAAGGAAUACAGCGUGUUGUUUGUGGGAUUACUGAGCAGACAACAGUUCAAGAGGUUGUUAUUGCAUUGGCACAGGCGACAGGUCGCACCGGAAGAUAUACUUUAGUUGAAAAAUGGAAAGAUAUGGAAAAGCUUUUGCCUCCAAGCGAGCAUCCAAUUAAGGUUUUAGAGAAGUGGGGAGAAUACGCAAGCGAUGUCCAAUUCUUACUCAAGCGUACAGGAGCAAGUACAACAAGCAGUGAUGUGGAAAAUAUAAAAGCACCAGAACGCAAUCAUUACAGACAAAGUCUACCACCACUUGCUAAAAAUAGAGAGAAGAGUGAGAUGUUACAAGGCCUCAAAAGAAAAGAACCCAAACGGAAAUCACUUACAAUAACUGGUGGAACUUCACAAAAUUAUGGUGAUGAUAGCAGAGACAAACGAAGCCAGAACAGCAAUGGUAACAACAAUAGAACUCAGAUUUCAACAGAGGAUGCAAGACCUUCUCGUUAUGAUCGAUCAACGUCUGGUUCUGUCCCGGCAAAUGUCAGAAAAGCCGCUGAAAAAUUCAGUUCUAAUGCACUGAACAAAGACUCUGGGAGACGAGAUAAGAGCCGAGAUAGAGACGGUAAAUCGAAAAGUAAACACAAAUCUGAUAAAAAGACCAAAGAAGAUGACAGAAAAGUUUCCGCAAAAACUCCUCUGAUGCCUCCUCACACGCAAGGAGGAAGAAACAAUGUCAGUUCUGCAACUGAAGCUCUUUUUCCUUCAGAAACCAAGAGUGAUGUGUUCGCAAAAUCUCCUAUAAGAAAAAAUGCAGAUAACCAGAUAAAAAAUGUUAAUAUCAAAAGUGGUGGAAAAGUUCCACUUAUGCCUCCAACGAAUAAAGUAUUGCGCAAUCGGAACCAAAGCAACAGUUUUGACAAGCCACAAGCAUCGCCUAGCUCUCCAAGUAGUUCAGAAAAUCAUUCAAAUAAUUUGAGUUCCAGUUCAAUGACUCCAACACCAUUCUCGUUGCCCAAUGAAAACAAACUCUCAAACUCUUCAUAUAGAUAUGGUAAUUCGCUACCUCGGUCGAAAAAGAAAUCAUGGAGUGAAGCAAAUAGUUCUUCUGUAGAUGAUAGCAAAAAGCAAUUGAAUAAAGAAACGAAUAGACGAUCUGCGUUGAUGCCACCAACUCAAAAGCAACGCGCCAUGACACCCAAUCCACAAAUCCAUCGAGAUGCUUAUCAAAACAAUUCGAGACAUAGUUAUCAUCCGACCUCGCCCGUUCCAAUGCAGUCUAGUAAAUUAUCAGAGCAAGCAAGAGCGAAAGAAGAUUUUUCAAAGUUAGUUUCUGAACAGCAGAAGCAUGUUGAAGAGCAAAAAGACACGAUAUCAGCAUUGGAUAAACAAAUUCAAAUUAUUAUUGACGCAAUGCAACAGAGGGAUAGGGAAAUAGAGGCUCAAAUUACACAGCUAGAAGAGAAAAAUAGAUCGCUAGAGAUUGAAUAUGAAAGUGAAUACAAUGUCCCUGAAGAGCUUUCAGCAGAAGACGCAAAAGAAUCCAUGACAAAAAGACAAAUGAGUAAUCUACAAGCUAAAAUAGAUCGAUCGUCAGCUGAUAUUUCUGCUUGCUUAAGAAAGAAAGAGGAUCUAACUAAGGCAAUUGCUGAAGAGAGUCAUCUACAGAGAGCAAAACAACAAAGAGUGGCCGAAAAUAAUAAAAACAUUGCAAUGAAAAGUAAAAAGGAUAUUGAUCAUAUUAAUUGGAAUCUUAACUCAAUGAAAGAUGAAAUUGAAAGAAUUCAAAGCCAAAUUGUCAACAGAGAACAAGAUAUUGAUCAUAAAUAUUCAUCUCUCGAUUUAUUGAAUCGUGAAUUACGUCAAGUCAACUUACAACAGUUCAUCAGGAAAACAGGAUCCAAAGUAACAGUCUUGCCACCUGAGACCGAAGAAUCCGACACUAGAGCUCAAUCCAUGAGAAGAAUGUAUGAAUCAAGUCCUUCUCUCAAUGUAGGUGGGUCUCGUUCACCAUUUUCAGCUGCUCCACCCCCACCACAAGCUGGCAAUUCUGAAGGUGUAUGGGUCUGAUGGAACUCUCAAUUCUGCUGUACAAUAAAUGUUCCAUUACCAUAUUCCACUGCUGUGCAUGCUGUUACAGACUACCUGUUUCUUGUAACGGCUAUUAAUCAUAAAAAAUAUGGAUUUUGUCUGUAACAAAAUCAUAUGUAUCAAGUCGAUGUGAACUAUGUGCUGUUAAUAGAUCACUUUCUUUUUGCAUUUCAAAGAACAUCUGUCUAUCUACUUGGUAUACAGAUAAAAAAGACAAUCUAAAUGUAAUUCAGAAUCCAGCAUUAUCGUCUGGAAUUCAUUUCUGUGUAUUUAAUAAGAAUCAAUAACAUUCCAUGCAUCAUUUUUUGCAAUUUUAACUCUAAAAUUAAUUGGUUUGAUGCACUUUCAAGCCGAAUUCUAAUUUUAAAUUCAUCUAGAAAUCCAGGAUAUGGGUAACUAAACUUCAUUUGCUUCUCCAUCUCAAAAAAGUGAUACAACAGCAGAACUUGAAUAUUGUUCACCUAAAUUCUGAUUUCUAGGCAGAAAAAUAUUGAUUGUGGUUGACAAAUAAAAUUGAUUGUGCCUCUUCUCUGCUAACUGUCGCUAUGUCAUUUGGAAUAUUAAUUUUUAUGCAUUUUUGUUUUUCUCUAGCAGUAUUAUGAUUCACUUAAAAUAUAAUGUGAAUUAAGUGAGAUGACGCAUCUUCAUCGUUGAAAUAAAUCAGAAUAUGUUUUAUAUUGUUAUUUUCUUUUAUAAUUUUUUGUUUGACAAUAUAUCUUUUAUUCACAAAAAUCCAUGAAGCAUAUUGAUCAGAUUAUCAUUCGAUGGAACUUUGUUUUGACCAAUUUGUACACUGCCCUUGCUUUACUUUUUUUAUUAUUGUCUAACUAUGUCAGUUGAAAAUAAAUGGUACUUUAUAUAUA